AUGAAAGCAAUAAGUUUUAUUUGGCUUUUAUGUACGUUUUUGGCCAAAUAUAUAUCACAUUCUGGCCUUGUUACGGCUUUACCCCAUCCCACCUCCCCAGCUUCUUCAGCUUCUCCAGUAUAUCUAUUCGCUCGAGCAAAUGAAGCAGAUGCUAAUGUCGGUCAAUGGGACAUAGUUGGAAACUCGGGAGUAGCAGCAAUGCACAUCGCUGUUGUUUCCUAUAAUGAAAUAAUCAUUAUUGAUAAAGUCGAGGCUAAUCCAAUAAAGCAAGCGAAUGGAAAUCCGGCCAUUUCGACUUUAUAUAAUGUUGAAACUAAUGAAUAUCGGAUUCUUAACUUGGAUUCAGAUACAUUUUGCACGGCGGGUUCAUGGUUUGGUAACGGAACGCUCCUACAUGCUGGUGGUGCAGAGAAUCAAUUCGGAUAUAAUGAGGGUUAUCAGAGCAUAAGAUUUUUCACUCCAGGUGAUGGUGCGGAUUGGUCCGAAAUACCAGAAGGAAUGACGUCACGCAGAUGGUACCCGGCCAUGGCCACACUCCCAAGUGGUGACGUGCUAGUUUUUGGAGGUGCAUACAAGGGAACAGGAAAAAAUAAUGCCGGAAUUAAUAAUCCAACAUAUGAAAUUUGGCCCUUAGCUGGAGGAAUUCCUGAAAAGGCUUUUGAUAUGCCCUUUUUAAUAGAAACAUUACCAUUUAAUCUUUACGUAUUUUUACAUGUUAUACCAAAUGAUGAGGGAAAACAAAUUGUAUUCGUAUUCGCGAAUAAGCAGGGAAUUCUUUUUGAUUUUGAUACGGCUACCAUCGUGAAAAGAUUACCAGAAAUGCCAGGUUCAAUUAGAUCUUACCCAUUAACCGGUAAUUCGGUUUUAUUACCACUUCACCCACCAUAUUAUAAACCUGUCGUUAUGAUUUGCGGAGGUAAUACUGAAAUGGAAAUUGAAACACUGGCCGAAGCAUCAUGUGGUAGAAUAGAUCCAACCGAAGAUGAUCCUAAAUGGGAAAUGGAUGAUUUCGGUGGUGUUGGACGUGUGAUGCCGGAUUCUGUUAUUUUGCCAACCGGAAAAGUCUUAUAUUUAAAUGGAGCCGGAGCUGGUUUCGCUGGGUAUCAUCGUGGUCCAAAUACAAAUCCUCUAUAUGUUGCCAUUAAACCAGUAUUGGCUCCCUCAGUUUAUGAUCCUGAAACGAAACAAUGGUCUCGACUUGCCCCAUCAAUCAUUCCAAGAUUAUAUCACUCUGUUGCCACUUUGGUAUCCGAUGGAAGAAUCUUUGUAGCCGGUAGCAAUCCACAGGGUGAUGUUUAUACUAAAUCUGAAUUCCCCACCGAAUAUCGUGUUGAAAUGUUCACACCACCAUACUUGUUGACCGGAUUAGCACGUCCAAAGAUCAUCAGCGUAGGAGAAUAUACAGAACUAAACACUAUAAGAAUUCCAGUAUCAUAUGGACAAAAUGUUGAGGUCACAGUUACAUCAGGGCAAGAUGUUCCAAAUUUCAAAGCAGUCUUAAUUAAUCCUGGAUUUAUCACACAUUCAAAUCAUUUCUCACAAAGAUUUGUUUCGUGUAAUAUUGUGUCUGCUAAAUAUUCAGCAAGGAAACGGGAUUCCUCAACAAUAUUAACUGUUGAAAUGCCACCAAAUCCGACCAUAUUUCCUCCAGGUCCAAGUUACAUCUACAUUCUUGAUAAUGACAUUCCUGCUGAUUAUGCCAUAGAACUUUUGCUUAAUUAA